GCCCCAUAACUCCGCUGCAGCCUGAGGGGAGCCAGACGCACUCUCAGGCCCCGAAUAUAGAAAAAUUAUUGGAAAAAAAUCGGAAAAAAUAUUAAAACAACACAUCGAGGGGAGAAAGGAGCGGGGAGCGGCGGCGUGGGCUCUCCCACGGUGGUUUUCUGGUCCGGUCCGGGAUGGAAGGUUACCGGGGCUCCGUGUGAAAUUGACUAAUGCGGUGCUGGAAACUUUUUGGACAGCAAAAAUGCAGAGCAGUGUUUCCCACUCACCGCCAACCAUAGCUGUUGGGACUGGGUGAGGAGGAGACAACAAGUGAAGAAGAGGAGCGACUGAAGCAGAGAGUGAGAGAAGGAAAGUGAGACGAAAGAAGGACAAGUAGGAUUUUACAGAUUUUGGCUUACCUUGAUGUUUCUGCUGGAUCAUUGGCCCUUCCUGUGAGCUGUUGGUCACCUUCUUUUUUGACAAACCCCCCUGUAACUUCCCACGUUGAGCCUGCGAGGCAGGGGAGCCGCAAGUAAAUUUUCAUGGCAGCGGCACUCUAGGGCUGCCAUGGCAGCUGCUGCCGCCGAUGCCUCACACACACAUAUUACUGCACUGACGCUGGAGGAAGAGGGACGACGGACUGCCGCCAAGCUGUUUGGGAGCGCCGCCCCGCUGCCAAGGACAGAAAGAGAAAGAGAGAGAGAGAGGGGGAAAGAGAGGGAGAGGGAAGAAGAAGGAGAAGAGGGAGGGAGAGGGAGUGGGAACGAGUGUUUGGUGUGCGGGGCCCUGUUCGCCUCACAGGAGAAGCUCCGGCUCCACGCCUUGAGUCAUACAGGAGAGAAACCCUUCCGCUGCUCACAGCCACACUGUCCCAAGGCCUUCAGCUCCAAAUACAAACUCUUCAGGCAUAUGGCCACACACUCUCCACAGAAGACCCAUCAGUGCUCGUUCUGUGAGAAAAUGUUCCACCGCAAAGACCACCUGAAGAACCACCUGCAGACCCAUGACCCUAACAAGGAGGCCUUCAAGUGUGAGGAGUGUGGGAAGCACUACAACACCAAGCUGGGAUAUAAGCGCCAUGUGGCCAUGCACUCUGCCACAGCAGGGGAUCUCACCUGUAAAGUUUGCAUGCAGACCUACGAGAGCACACCCAUACUCCUGGAGCACCUCAAGAGCCACUCUGGGAAGUCUUCUGGUGGCGCCAAGGAGAAAAAACACCCGUGCGACCACUGUGACCGGCGUUUCUAUACGCGGAAGGAUGUGAGACGGCACAUGGUGGUCCACACAGGCCGAAAGGACUUCCUGUGCCAGUACUGUGCCCAGCGUUUUGGCAGGAAGGACCAUCUGACACGCCACGUGAAGAAGAGCCACUCGCAGGAGCUGCUGAAGAUCAAGACGGAGCCUCCUGAUAUGUUAGGUCUUUUAGCCUCAGGGUCACCGCCUUGCUCUGUGAAGGAGGAGCUCAGCCCCAUGAUGUGUGGAAUGGGUCCCAAUAAAGACCCAAUGAUGGGCAAACCAUUCCCCAGCGGGGCGCCUUUUCCGAUGGGCAUGUACAACCCCCAUCAUCUCCAGGCCAUGUCUAAUUCUGGGGUGGGUCACCCACACCCGUCCCUGAUGCCCAGUUCCUUGUCUGCAGCUAUGGGCAUGGGCUGUCACAUGGAAUCCCCUGGACCUCUUCAUCCACACUCCCAUCACCACCACCAUCACCACCACCAUCACCACCACCAUCAUUCCCCUCCGCUGCCCCCACACCACCAGCCUCCGGCUCCCCAGCAGCAGCACCAGCCCCAGCAAGCCCCCAAAUACCAGCUGGGAUCUACCUCAUACCUGCUGGACAAGCCCUUGAAAGUGGAGAUGGAGAGCUUCCUCAUGGAUCUGCAGAGUGGCUCGCCAGGCCCGGUUCCCUCUGCUGAGCCCCACGCUGCUGCCUCGUCCCCCAAGGACGGACUGGAGCCCACCUCGGGCCUGGCGGAUGAGCUUUGCGGGGAUCCCCUCCUGUCCAAGAGCCCUGCGGUGAUCGCUGAGUCUCUGUGUGCUGCUAACAUGGACUUCUCCCACCUGCUGGGGUUCCUGCCCCUCAACCUGCCUCCCUAUAGCGCCCCCAUGAGCACGGGAGGGCUGGUGAUGGGCUACACCUCAUCUGCGACCUCUUCGUCUUCCAUCUCCUCUUCCUCAUCUCUGCACGCUGCCGAGGCGCAUUCUGCAGCAGUCGGCACGGCACAUCUUACCUCUUUGCAACCGCAACCUCAGGAGCAGCAGAGCGCCAGUGGUGGUCUAGGCCUCGGACCCCUGCACCCCCUCCCAUCAGUGUUCAGCUCCAGCCUUAGUACCACCACACUGCCUCGCUUCCACCAGGCCUUCCAGUGAGAGAGCCAGCCCUCGGCCCAGCCCCGCCCAGUCAAGAUGGCCUCCACGUCAGCCUCAGCUCAGCUCAUCAUGGAUAUUUUGGGCUGGGGUUCAUUACAGGGCCUGAUCGGAGAAGUUUGAGAAUUUGAAUAAAUAAAUACACAAAUGAACACUUAGAAGCCUUAAAUGAAAGUGCACAAAAGCCUUUGAUUGAGCCUUAAAAGGAAGUUAAACCCCUUUGAGCAAAAAGGAAAAGGUGAGAAAAGAAGUUGAAGCAGCUUUUAUUUGGGCUUUUUCCCCCUAUCCUAUAGUUAUAACAAUGUAUUAACUCUUAUCUUUUUAUUUUUAUUUACUUCCCCUGUUAUCCUCCUUCCAUCCCCUAUUUAGUAGUAUAGAGGGCAGGAUCAGUAGGCCAAAAGGCAUGGUACUGCAUACUUUCUAAAGUAAUAAUAUUAAAAAAAAAAAUCAAAGAUAAUUUUUAGUGAAGAUUAUCUGUCUUGUUGUGAGCCAGAAAAAAAAUAUAGUUUGAAGUGGAUAUUUUGUUUUAUUUUUUUUUUUCCAAAUGUAAGAACAUGGUAGAAGUCUUGAGUUUUGAAACACCUACUCUAAUAACCUGAACUGUCAUGAUCAGUACGGAGAGGAGAGAGAUCAGUGAAGGAAUGAAAGAAAUAGAGACAAUGAGUCAACAAUUGAACCUUAACUCUAAAAUCCUCCUCUAGAUGGCUAGGCUAGAGCCACAAAAGCGACCCCCUGCCUCUAAAAAAAAGUGCUCUUCAAACAAGAAAAAAAAAUAAAUGGAUGUCCCUAUUAUUAUUUUAACUGUAACUGAUGUGCUCCUAGAGUCGGGUCAGUUUUAAUGAAUAUAGCGCACUAAAUGAAAAACAGACUCUUGUCAUAUAACUGAUAAGAUAUCUGUUUGCUGCCAAACACAAAGACCAGUCACACACAUUUUUUUAAAAGAAAAUCAAAAAAGGAAAGAAAUGUGAAAGUGUGUGAGUUGGUUGAAAAUGAUGUAAUAUCAUGCUUGCGUUUUUACUGUUCCUCAAGAGAAGCACUUUUUUUCAGCAGAAGGCACUUCACCUUUAGGAAUCUCUUUGGGAAACCUUUUGUCUCCUUCCUCGUGACUUCUAGAGGUUUUCACUGCCUGAGACAGAGACUUUCUUCUCACUCUCCUUCCUUCACCUGUCUUCCUCCUAACAGUUAUCUUUAAAAGUUCCCAUGAUAUAUACAUAUUUGCAGCUAUUUCUUGGCUGCCCAACAAACCUAAAAUAUCUAUUUUUGGAAUAAAAUACAAACACAUCUUUAGGCAGUCUUUUAAAAAGAUGCAUCAUCAUGGUAAUGAUGAACCCUGACAUAUGUGAAUGGCAAAAAAUAAGAAUUACAGUGACAGAUGAGGAAAAAUGUGUUAAAGAAUGUUAUUGCAGUGUACGAAAUAUCUCAAAAAUGAAUAUUAUCGUUGCUUUUAUCUCAGUAAGGUGUAUUUUAGGUAAACUAAGUGAUGAUGUUUUGUGUCUGGCAGGUUUACAUUUGUGUGUAUCUUGCAUUUUUGAUCAAACAAAUGGAUGAAGUAUUAGCUUUUUCCCUUAAGCUUUCUCUGUCAUAUCCAGUCUUUACCUUUACAUGUACCUGAGUUAGUAUAGUGGAAUCAGAACUGUGGAUGGGAAAUAUAUAUAGAAGGCUGUUAGUGGCUUAAUUAUCAAUUCAAAUUUGAGCUAGAUAGAUUGUGUCAUAGGGAUGCUGACAUGGAUGGCCUAUGAAGUCAUGCCUAGGUCUUUAUCCAGUGGAAUAUGUAACCCCUGUGCUGUGAAGAAAUCCCAGCUGAAGAUCCACCUGAGCUCCCAGGACCUUAGUGGUUUUGGAUGUCUUGGAGUUUAGAUUCUUUCUAACCGUUCACCACCAGCCGAUAAAAACCUGAGCCCAAAGUUAACCUAAGCCUCAAAGUGAAAUAGGUGCUCAUUUUCUAAAGCUCUGUCAGCGGCAUGACCAACACAACCGUCACAUCCUUAACUUCACACAGGGCUGAGCUCCUGCAUCAUCUGUGACAGUUCAUUUUGUGCUUAAAUGUCGUUCCAGUCAUAGAAGAAGACCCGUUCACUUUACUUAUAGCAGUCGUCAUGCCAUAGGCGAGCCCCAACCACCAUUAAUAGUUGAGUAAAAACAAAGAAAAAAAGAAAAAACAUAGCACGUAAAAAUAAAAAAUAAAAUACAUAUUGCUGCUUUUAGCUAUGGUUGCUGACGGAUGACAACUGUAGACCACUAGAACAUUUCAAUUGUUUGCAAGAUGGACAGCGAGCUGAAAACAUGCACAAACCGAACCGACAAAGUGUUCAUCAUCCUCGGGCCCCAUCCCCUCUGUACUCCUCCUCCUCCUCUCUCAGCUGCUUUGUAGAGUUAAAGGAAAAGGGUCUGAAAAUACGGCGAUAUCCGGAAGAAUGCAGCCACCGAAUCCCCGGGCUUUGACAUUCAAAGCACAGCGGGACACAUGACUGACUGCACAACUUGGGAUAUUGCUAAUAGUCGUUUAUUUGUUUUGUUUGUUAUCAUAUGAUAUAUUAUUUUCUGUUUGUAUAAAACAGGACCUCGAAAAACAACACAACACAUCACCUCAAUUUUAUUUGUUUUAUUUUUCUUACCAAAACCUGGGGAGAAGAAACUACAUUUUUGCACAAUUGCUUGUUACAAAAUGCUACAAGUGUUAGGAGCGAUUUUUGAUACUGUAGGGUAUGAAACCCUGACGAUGAGCAGCUGAUGGCUCCUGUGUGUUCGACAGGUGAAUAUUCUUCUUGGAAAGUAGCAGCAGCUGCAUUUCAGAAUCAGCAAGCACUGAUGUAGAAAAAGCUUCCCCGCAGUCUGACUGUUUAAUUGCAACUUCAUUGCUAAAAUUGUAGAUUUUUACAAUCCAAGUUUGGAACUAUUUUACACUUAUUAGUCCCCCCCCCAUCCCCCUCAUGGAAAGUCAGUGUUUUGAUGACUAAAAUGAUUAAACUUUUUAUUGAUUCUAAAAAAAAUCAGCUGUCGGCACCUUUCUGAGAAUUUACAUGAAAUACUGAAAAAAAGACAAGAUUCAAAUAAAAAGGUAAUUUUUAAGAAAAACCCUCUUGGCUUAAGCCAGAUUUGUAGCAAUCAAAUUGAGCAUUUAUAAGGAAAAAGGCUUAUAAGGAAUAAGGUUUUAAGGAAAAGCUUUUGGCAUGUAUUAAGUUUGUCCUCCCUGGGUUUCUGUGAGCUAAUCUGAAUUCUAGCACUUUCAACCUUUAAAAAGAAGAGUAUUUUUUUCUUUAAAAAUUUCAGCUUAUAUGUUCAUGUUUUUAAUUUUGUAUUGAUCCUGUAUAUGUAUGUGCCAUUAGUUUGAUGUGUAGACUUUAUCAACCUUUGUGUAUUUCUUUUCUCCAAAAGAAUAACAGUAUUUUUGAUAGACUUUUCACUAAUAUCCUUCUACAUAAGAGCCCCCCCUGCCCCUUCUCGUUUGAAACCUUUUUGUUUUUUGGGUAACCUGCUUUGCCUUCUCUCUCAUACAUGUAUCUAAUCAAACUCUAUAGCCAAGUGCUUGAAAAGAACAGCGACAACAUGUCUGUUAUUCAGAGGCAGUGAGAAACAAGACCGUUGUCAGUAGAGUGUGAAAGCCACAACCUGACCACAACCUGCCAUUGAAACUCUGUUGCAACAGAGACCCAUCUGCAGGCCAUUUUUAGCCCACGUAACUGAACAAGAAGUGAACAUGAAGUGAGGAGUGACCCCAAAAUAUAGCACUUAAAGCUUACAACCAUGGUCGCUAAACCUGUUGUCCCUGCCAAAAGGAACAUCUUGAUGCUGAUAAUGACUCACUCUAUGAAUAGUACCAUAGUGUGUACAAAUUACAGGUGGCAAUUGGCUAUCACUGGCUUUUAAAUUAAUUGUAUUAAACAUAAACUCAUUAAGUUGUUGAAAAAGAGAACAACUUUUAGAUAUUUAGACAGAAGUGAAACCAUCUUUUUGAAUGCAGAAGUGUGGCUAACUGUACUUGUAGCUGUAAAACACUGACAACAACAGAUCUCACGCCUGUUCUAUGACCUGAGCUCAUAGGGGCCGUUUUUUUAGAGCGAUUUACCCAGGACUGGGUCAGUCAUGCUUCAUAGUGUCAUUCUGGGAAAAAUGGGCCCUGUUUCUGAACUCUGUACCCUGAUGUGUAUGAAAGUCCAAUGCGGCUAAGAAAAGAAAAAACAGGAAAAUUUAGGCAAGAAAUACUCAUGGUUAAUUAAAACUUACUUUUAAUUAUCAGAUACUGUCAAAAUUAUUACUUACUAAGUCAACAUGUUUAAGUCAGAAUAGACUUGGUCUCACAAGGCUAGACCCAUCUCUACACUGAACCCAUUGUGAUUCUGCUUUUUAAAUUUACUUAGUAUAUCAUAAAUUUUACUUACUACAGUAUCUCACACUUGUAAUUUACCGUUGCACAACUUUCCAGCAGUUUUUUCUUUUUCUGUCAGGAAUGGGCUUCUAUAGUCUGAGUGGAAACAAAAAGCUAAUAUCAAACCAGCACGACUCUGAAACACUUGACAUAAAAUUGAUCCUCCCUGACCUCUGACAGUGAUGUUGUUCUGUUCUUUGGCUUGGCUGUGGCUCCAUUACCUCGACCUGCACCUACUAGGGAUGCACUUAUCCUCACCUUUUCCUCUUUACUACUAGGUGCAGAACACAAACAUUUUAAGGGAAUUUGUUCAUCAGUUUAAAAGAAAAACUGACUUGAUUUUAAUAAUGCUCUCUCUCUCUCUCCCUCUCUUUUUUUGUUGCUUUUAGUAAGAAACUGGGUUCUGUCUCAUGCAGGCAACAUCCACAUGUAGUUUUAUAUAUUUCUAGCUUAAUGUAAGUCUUGCAUUCCAACCUCUUUGUGUAUCUCGUUUAGUGACAUAGCGCAUUGUCAUCACUUGCUAUUACAGCCACUUCUGGAAUAAAGAAGGUGAACGAAAAUAGAAUACUUGCAUUCACUUACACUAUUUUAUAUAGCAUGGAGUUUAUCAACUACAGGGAGAAUUAUAUAAACGAUGUGCUUUGGAGAAAGAAAGAAAAUGAGAAGUCUUGCUUUUUUUGUUACAUAUCUCACAUGCAAUCAGUUGCUGCAAUGUAAAAGUGACAGAUUUGUAUAUUGGUUGAUCCAAAGAGAUGAUGAACACAACAACAGAACUAUUGACUUAUUGUACAGUACAGUGUAUCUUUGAGUUGUCAUGUGUUAUGUUGAAAUGAUUAAAAGACAAACCAGCGGUUUCAUACCCUCUUUGAA